CGCGGGCGAAGACUGCGGUGUCCGCACCUGCCCGGCCGACUGCAACCGGCGCGGCCGCUGUGAGGACGGGCGCUGCCUGUGCGACCCAGGCUACACCGGUCCCGCCUGUGCCACUCGCAUGUGCCCAGGCGAUUGUCGCGGCCGUGGGCGCUGUGUGCAGGGAGUCUGCCUGUGCUACGCCGGCUACAGCGGUGAGGACUGCGGGCAAGAGGAGCCCCCUGCCAGCGCCUGCCCUGGGGGCUGUGGGCCCCGGGAACUGUGCCGCGAGGGCCAAUGUGUGUGCGUCGAGGGCUUCCGAGGCCCAGACUGUGCCAUCCAGACAUGCCCAGGUGACUGUCGCGGCAGGGGAGAGUGUCUCCAGGGCAGAUGCAUCUGCCAAGAUGGCUAUGCUGGGGACGACUGCGGCGAAGAGGUACCAGCCAUCCAAAACAUGAGGAUGCAUCUCCUGGAGGAGACGACGGUUCGCACAGAGUGGACCCGGGCCCCUGGUCCUGUGGAUGCCUACGAAAUCCAGUUCAUCCCCAUGACUGAGGGGGCGAGCCCACCAUUCACAGCUCGGGUGCCCAGCUCUGCCUCAGCCUAUGACCAGAGAGGACUGGCUCCUGGUCAGGACUACCAGGUCACUGUCCGUGCUCUACGAGGGACCAGCUGGGGUCCUCCUGCCUCUAAGACCAUCACAACCAUGAUUGACGGUCCUCAGGACCUCCGAGUGGUGGCUGUGACUCCGACCACACUGGAUCUCAGCUGGCUGCGCCCCCAGGCUGAGGUGGACCGAUUUGUGGUGUCCUAUGUCAGUGCUGGCAACCAAAGGGUGCGACUGGAAGUCCCCCCUGAGGCAGACAGGACUCAGCUCACCGACCUGAUGCCGGGUGUGGAGUAUGUGGUGACUGUCACUGCAGAACGAGGCCGUGCAGUCAGCUACCCCGCUUCUAUCAGGGCAAACACAGACAGGGCUGAGGAGCAGCCUGGGAAGCCAUCAGUCCUGCCACGCCUGGGUGAGCUGACAGUGUCCAGCCUGACCUCUGAUUCCCUGCUCCUGCACUGGACGGUCCUAGAGGGGGAGUUUGACUCCUUUGUCAUCCAGUACAAGGACAAAGACGGGCCCCAGGUGAUACCCGUGGAGGGACCGCAGCGCUCAGCCCCCGUGACAUCCUUGGAACCGGGGCGCAAGUACAGAUUUAUCCUGUAUGGGCUCAUCGGCAAGAAGAAGCAUGGCCCCUUGGUGGCUGAAGCCAAGAUCUUGCUUCAGAGUGACCCCAGCCCAGGAUCCCCACCCCGCCUGGGAGAGUUGUGGGUAACAGACCCUACCCCGGACUCACUGCACCUCUCUUGGACUGUUCCUGAGGGCCAGUUUGACUCCUUCCUGGUCCAGUACAGAGACAAGGAAGGACGGCCCCUCGUGGUACCAGUGGAGGGGCCUGAGCGUUCAGUGGUGGUCUCCCCACUGGAUCCCAACCACAAGUACAGAUUCACUCUGUUUGGGGUUGCCAAUAAGAAGCGGUAUGGACCCCUCACAGCCGACGGCACUACCGCCCCAGCAAAGGAAGAGGGAUUCUCGGAACAGCCCCUCCUGGGGGAGCUGACAGUGACUGGCAUGACCCCAGACUCCCUGCGUCUGUCCUGGACGGUGGCCCGGGGCCCCUUCGACUCCUUUGUGAUCCAAUACAAGGAUGCACAGGGGCAGCCCCAGACAGUGCCCGUCGCGGGAGAUGAGAACGAGGUCACGGUCCCUGGCCUGGAGUCCAACAGGAAGUAUAAGAUGAACCUCUACGGGCUUCGUGGCAGGCAGCGUGUGGGGCCCGUGUCUGUAGUGGCCAAAACGGCACCACCACACAUUGUGGACCAGCCCUCCAGCCCCCCAGAGCCCAGCACUGAGGCCCCACAGCCCCUCGAGAAGCCACGCCUUGGAGAGCUGACUGUGACAGACGCCACCCCUGACUCCCUGAGCCUCUCCUGGACAGUCCCCGAGGGACAGUUUGACCAGUUCGUGAUCCAGUACAAGAACGGGGAUGGGCAGCCCAAGGUGGUGCGGGUCCCAGGGCACGAGGACCAGGUCACCAUCCCCGGCCUGGAGCCAGACCACAAGUACAAGAUGAACCUGUAUGGCAUCCACAGUGGCCAGCGUGUGGGCCCCGUGUCUGUUGUCGGGGUGACGGCUGCAGAGGAAGAGACCCCCAGCCCCACAGAGCCCAGCACAGAGGCCCCAGAGCCCCGCGAGGAGCCGCUCCUGGGAGAGCUGACUGUGACAGGAUCCUCCCCAGACUCCCUGAGCCUCUCCUGGACCGUCCCCCAGGGAGACUUUGACUCCUUCACUGUGCAGUACAAGGACAGUGAUGGGCGUCCCCAGGUGGUGCGUGUCGGGGGCCAGGAGAGGGAGGCCACCGUGAGAGACCUGGAGCCUGGGCGCAAAUACAAGAUGAACCUGUAUGGACUCCAUGAUGGUCAGCGUGUGGGUCCCGUGUCCACCGUGGGCGUGACCGACACCCUCCCACCAGCACCACCUCCAGCCACUGAGGCCCCCAAGCUGGAGCCACGCCUGGGGGAGCUGAUGGUGACAGAUGUGACCCCAGACUCUGUGGGCCUCUUGUGGACUGUCCCUGAGGGUGAAUUUGACUCCUUCAUGGUCCAGUACAAGGACAGAGACGGCCAGCCCCAAGUGGUGCCUGUGGCAGCAGAUCAACGGGAGGUCACCAUCCCAGGCCUGGAGCCCUCCCGCAAGUACAAGUUCCUGCUCUUCGGGCUCCGAGAUGGGAGACGACGCGGUCAGGUCUCUGUGGAAACAAAGACAGCCGCCCGAGAUGACACCAGCCCAGGGGCCCUUCCCCGCCUUGGGGAGCUGUGGGUGACGGAUCCUACUACAGAUUCCCUUCGCCUGUCCUGGACGGUCCCCGAGGGCCACUUUGACUCUUUUAUGGUCCAGUUCAAGGACAAAGGUGGGCCCCAGGUGUUGCCGGUAGACGGUCACGAGCGCACAGCCACCAUCACAGCCCUGGACGCGGGCCGAAAGUACAGGUUCCUCCUCUAUGGGCUUCAGGGAAAGAAGCGCUUUGGCCCCCUCACCACAGAGGGCACCACAGAGCCCAUGAAUACUGUGGACCACACUGGAGUAAAGGCCCCACCAAAACCCCGACUAGGGGAGGAACUGCGGGUGACUAGUGUGACCCAAGACUCCGUGGACCUCUCUUGGACAGUCUCCGAGGGCCACUUUGACUCCUUUGUUGUCCAGUACAAGGACAGGGACGGGCAGUCCCAGGUGGUGCCUGUGGAGGGCGGCCACAGAGAGGUCAGGGUCUCUGGUCUCGACCCCGGCCAUAGGUACAAGCUGCUACUCUAUGGGCUCCGAGAAAGCAAACGUGUAGGGCCCCUUUCUGUCAUCGCUGUGACCGGCCCCAAAGAAGCAACAGAAGCGUGGACAGAGGUCCCCACAACUUCAACUCCCUCAGUUGAGCCCCACCUGAGGGAGCUGAGGGUGGAGGAGGCCACACCUCACAGCCUGCGUCUCUCCUGGGUGGUUACUGAGGGAGAAUUUGACUCCUUCGAGGUCCAGUACACUGACAGAGACGGGAAACUCAAAGUGGUCAGUACAGAGGGUGACCAGAGUGACGUCAUUCUUACUGGCCUGGAAUCUGACCACAGAUACCUGGUAACCCUGUAUGGUUUCCAUGAUGGGCAUCGUGUGGACUCUGCUCAAAUUGAGGCCUUGACAGUGCCGUGGGAGGAGGAGGAGCCCACAGAGCCACCCACCGUGACGCCCAAGCCCAAGCCACACUUGGGGGAGCUGACUGUGACAGACGCCACCCCUGACUCCCUGAGCCUCUCCUGGACAGUCCCCGAGGGACAGUUUGACCAAUUUGUGAUCCAGUACAAGAACGGAGACGGGCAGCCCAAGGUGGUGCGGGUCCCAGGGCACGAGGACCAGGUCACCAUCCCCGGCCUGGAGCCAGACCACAAGUACAAGAUGAACCUGUAUGGCAUCCACAGUGGCCAGCGUGUGGGCCCCGUGUCUGUUGUCGGGGUGACGGCUGCAGAGGAAGAGACCCCCAGCCCCACAGAGCCCAGCACAGAGGCCCCAGAGCCCCGAGAGGAGCCGCUCCUGGGAGAGCUGACUGUGACAGGAUCCUCCCCAGACUCCCUGAGCCUGUCCUGGACCGUAACACAGUGAGACUUUGACUCCUUCACUGUGCAGUACAAGGACAGUGAUGGGCGUCCUCAGGUGGUGCGUGUGGGGGGCCAGGAGAGGGAGGCCACCGUGAGAGACCUGGAGCCUGGGCGCAAAUACAAGAUGAACCUGUAUGGACUCCAUGAGGGUCAGCGUGUGGGCCCCGUGUCCACUGUGGGCGUGACCGACCCUGAGGAAGAUGCCCCUUCCCUGAAGCCACGCCUGGAGGAGCUGACUGUGACAGACGCCACCCCUGACUCCCUGAGCCUCUCCUGGACAGUCCCCGAGGGACAGUUUGACCACUUCCUGGUGCAGUACAGGAACGGGGAUGGGCAGCCCAAGGUGGUGCGGGUCCCAGGGCAUGAGGACCAGGUCACCAUCCCCGGCCUGGAGCCAGACCACAAGUACAAGAUGAACCUGUAUGGCAUCCACAAUGGCCAGCGUGUGGGUCCUGUGUCUGUUGUCGGGGUGACGGCUGCAGAGGAAGAGACCCCCAGCCCCACAGAGCCCAGCACAGAGGCCCCAGAGCCCCGCGAGGAGCCGCUCCUGGGAGAGCUGACUGUGACAGGAUCCUCCCCAGACUCCCUGAGCCUCUCCUGGACCGUCCCCCAGGGAGACUUUGACUCCUUCACUGUGCAGUACAAGGACAGUGAUGGGCGUCCCCAGGUGGUGCGUGUCGGGGGCCAGGAGAGGGAGGCCACCGUGAGAGACCUGGAGCCUGGGCGCAAAUACAAGAUGAACCUGUAUGGACUCCAUGAUGGUCAGCGUGUGGGCCCCGUGUCCACCGUGGGCGUGACUGAUCCAGAGGAGGAAACCACGACCACACAGGUGGUGCCUACCAUGACCACCAAGCCUCCUCCAGAGAGGCCACGCCUUGGAGAGCUGACUGUGGCAGACGCCACCCCUGACUCCCUGAGCCUCUCCUGGACAGUCCCCGAGGGACAGUUUGACCACUUCCUGGUCCAGUACAGGAACGGGGAUGGGCAGCCCAAGGUGGUGCGGGUCCCAGGGCACGAGGACCAGGUCACCAUCCCCGGCCUGGAGCCAGACCACAAGUACAAGAUGAACCUGUAUGGCAUCCACAGUGGCCAGCGUGUGGGCCCCGUGUCUGUUGUCGGGGUGACGGCUGCAGAAGAAGAGACCCCCAGCCCCACAGAGCCCAGCACAGAGGCCCCAGAGCCCCGCGAGGAGCCGCUCCUGGGAGAGCUGACUGGGACACACUCCCUGAGCCUCUCCUGGACCGUCCCCCAGGGAGACUUUGACUCCUUCACUGUGCAGUACAAGGACAGUGAUGGGCGUCCCCAGGUGGUGCGUGUCGGGGGCCAGGAGAGGGAGGCCACCGUGAGAGACCUGGAGCCUGGGCGCAAAUACAAGAUGAACCUGUAUGGACUCCAUGAUGGUCAGCGUGUGGGCCCCGUGUCCACCGUGGGCGUGACCAGUCCGGAGGAGGAAACCACAACCACGCAGGUGGUGCCCACCACAACUCCUACGAAACCCAUCCUGGGAGAGCUGACUGUGACAGACGCCACCCCUGACUCCCUGAGGCUCUCCUGGACAGUCCCCGAGGGACAGUUUGACCACUUCCUGGUCCAGUACAGGAACGGGGAUGGGCAGCCCAAGGUGGUGCGGGUCCCAGGGCACGAGGACCAGGUCACCAUCCCCGGCCUGGAGCCAGACCACAAGUACAAGAUGAACCUGUAUGGCAUCCACAGUGGCCAGCGUGUGGGCCCCGUGUCUGUUGUCGGGGUGACGGCUGCAGAGGAAGAGACCCCCAGCCCCACAGAGCCCAGCACAGAGGCCCCAGAGCCCCGCGAGGAGCCGCUCCUGGGAGAGCUGACUGUGACAGGAUCCUCCCCAGACUCCCUGAGCCUCUCCUGGACCGUCCCCCAGGGAGACUUUGACUCCUUCACUGUGCAGUACAAGGACAGUGAUGGGCGUCCCCAGGUGGUGCGUGUCGGGGGCCAGGAGAGGGAGGCCACCGUGAGAGACCUGGAACCUGGGCACAAAUACAAGAUGAACCUGUAUGGACUCCAUCAGGGUCAGCGUGUGGGCCCCGUGUCCACUGUGGGCGUGACCGAGGAGGAAGCUAUGACCACACAGGUGGUGCCCACCAUGACUCCUGAGCCUCCUCCUAAGAAGCCACGCCUGGGAGAGCUGACUGUGACAGACGCCACCCCCGACUCCCUGAGCCUCUCCUGGACAGUCCCCGAGGGACAGUUUGACCACUUCCUGGUCCAGUACAGGAACGGGGAUGGGCAGCCCAAGGUGGUGCGGGUCCCAGGGCAUGAGGACCAGGUCACCAUCCCCGGCCUGGAGCCAGACCACAAGUACAAGAUGAACCUGUAUGGCAUCCACAGUGGCCAGCGUGUGGGCCCCGUGUCUGUUGUCGGGGUGACGGCUGCAGAGGAAGAGACCCCCAGCCCCACAGAGCCCAGCACAGAGGCCCCAGAGCCCCGCGAGGAGCCGCUCCUGGGAGAGCUGACUGUGACAGGAUCCUCCCCAGACUCCCUGAGCCUCUCCUGGACCGUCCCCCAGGGAGACUUUGACUCCUUCACUGUGCAGUACAAGGACAGUGAUGGGCGUCCCCAGGUGGUGCGUGUCGGGGGCCAGGAGAGGGAGGCCACCGUGAGAGACCUGGAGCCUGGGCGCAAAUACAAGAUGAACCUGUAUGGACUCCAUGAUGGUCAGCGGGUGGGCCCCGUGUCUGUUGUUGGGGUGACAGCUGCAGAGGAAGAGACCCCCAGCCCCACAGAGCCCAGCACAGAGGCCCCAGAGCCCCGCGAGGAGCCGCUCCUGGGAGAGCUGACUGUGACAGGAUCCUCCCCAGACUCCCUGAGCCUCUCCUGGACCGUCCCCCAGGGAGACUUUGACUCCUUCACUGUGCAGUACAAGGACAGUGAUGGGCGUCCCCAGGUGGUGCGUGUCGGGGGCCAGGAGAGGGAGGCCACCGUGAGAGACCUGGAGCCUGGGCGCAAAUACAAGAUGAACCUGUAUGGACUCCAUGAUGGUCAGCGUGUGGGCCCCGUGUCCACCGUGGGCGUGACCGCCCUCCUGCCCACAGAGCUCCCCACAGAGCCCCGCCUGGGGGACCUGGCUGUGGUAGAAGUGACGUCCAGCACUGUGCACCUGUCCUGGACGGUGGCCCGGGGCCCCUUCGACUCCUUCCUGGUCCAGUACAAGGAUGCACAGGGGCAGCCCCAGACGGUGCCUGUGAGCAGAGACCUGGGUGAGGUCACCGUCUCAGGUUUGGACCCAGCCCGCAAGUACAAGUUUCUACUCUUUGGACUCCAGGGUGGGGAGCGCCACGGCCCUGUCUCCGUAGAUGCAAAGACUGACACAAAGCUCCUUCCUCGUCUUGGGGAACUGACAAUGACAGAUGUGACCCAGAACUCCGUGGGUCUCUCCUGGACUGUCCCCGAGGGCGAGUUCGACUCCUUCCUAGUCCAGUACAAGGACAGGGGAGGGCAGCUCCAGGUGGUACCUGUGCCAGCAGACGAGCGUGAGGUCACCAUCCCCAGCCUGGAGCCCAACAGAAAAUACAAGUUUCUGCUGUAUGGCCUGGCAGGCCGCAAACGGCUGGGCCCUGCCUCUGUGGAGGGCACCACAGCACCCCUGGAGAAGGCACCACAGCCCCGCCUCGGUGAACUGUCAGUGACAGGAGAGACCCCUGACUCUCUGCGCCUCUUGUGGACGGUAGCACAGGGCCCCUUUGACUCCUUCCUGGUCCAGUACAGAGACAGGGAUGGGCAGCUCCAGACGGUGGCCGCAGCUGCAGACCAGAAUGAGGUCACCAUAGAGGGUCUGCAGCCACGCAGGAAGUACAAGUUUCUGCUCUAUGGGCUCGCUGGAGGCAAGCGCCUGGGACCCAUCUCUGCCCUGGGAGUGACAGCCCCAGAAGAGGACAUGUCAGCCCCAAGUCCCACUGAGCCCCCUGAAGCACCCCGUCUGGGGACGCUGACAGUGACCGAGGCAACCCCAGACUCCCUGCGCCUCUCCUGGGGUGUGGCCCGUGGGCCCUUUGAGUCCUUCGUGGUCCAGUACCAGGACACAGAGGGCCAGCGCCAGGCCCUGCUUGUUGAUGGAGACCAGGACAAGGUCCUCAUCUCAGGCCUGGAACCCAGCACUUCCUACAAGUUCUUCCUCUAUGGCCUCCGUGAAGGGAUGCGGCAUGGACCCAUCUCUGCAGAGGGCACCACAGGUCCAGUUCCUGCUGGUCAGACCCCAGGGGACCCAGGGCCCCGCCUGUCCCAGCUGUCAGUGACAGAUGUGACCACCAGUUCUCUGCGGCUAAAUUGGGAGGCCCCACUCCGGGCCUUUGACACCUUCCUAAUACGCUUUGGGGUCCCCUCGCCAAGUACCCUGGAGCCGUAUCCUCGUCCUCUGGUCCAGCGAGAGCUGAUGGUGCCAGGGACACAGCGCUCGGCUGUGCUUCGCGACCUACAUCCUGGGACCCUGUACAGCCUGACUCUGUAUGGGCUGCGUGGGCCGCACAAGGCAGACAGCAUCCAGGGUACUGCCCGCACCCUCAGCCCAGUUCUGGAGAGCCCCCGUGACUUGCAAUUCAGUGACAUUGGGGAAACAUCAGCCAGAGUCGACUGGGUGCCACCACCAUCCAGGGUGGAUAGCUUCAAACUUUCCUACCAACUAGCAGAUGGAGGAGAGCCACAGAGUGUGUUAGUGGACGCCCGGACCCAGACCCAGAUCCUCCAGGGACUGAUGCCAGACACUCGCUACGAGGUGACUGUGGUCUCCGUCCGUGGCUUUGAGGAGAGUGAGCCUCUCACAGGCUUCCUGACUACAGUUCCUGAUGGCCCCACCCAGCUACGGGCCUUGAACUUGACGGAUGGGUCUGCCCUUCUGCACUGGAAACCCCCCCACAAACCGGUGGAUGAGUACAACGUCCAGGUCGCAUCCCCUGGGGCCCCACCCCUGCAGGCCUCAGCACCGGGCAGCGCUGUGGACUAUGCACUGACGGACCUGGCGGUCGACACCAACUACACAGCCACCGUGCGUGGUCUCCGAGGUCCUAACUUCACCUCCCCAGCCAGCAUUACCUUCACCACAGGGCUGAAGCCCCCCCAGGACUUGGAGGCCAAGGAAGUGACCCCGCGCACAGCUCUGCUCACUUGGACUGAGCCUGAAGUCCCACCCACAGGCUACCUGCUCAGCUUCGACACCCCUGGAGGACAGAUUCAGGAAAUCCUGCUUCCUGCAGGAACCACCUCUCACAGGCUCCUCCGCCUGUUCCCGUCUACCUUCUACAGCGCCCAGCUCCGGGCUGUUUGGGGCGAGAGCCUCACGCCCCCUGUGUCCACUUCCUUUACUACUGGUGGGCUGCACAUCCCCUUCCCCCGGGACUGUGGGGAGGAGAUGCAGAAUGGGCCCAGCGCCUCAAAGACCACCACCAUCUUCCUCAACGGCAACCGCGAGCGGCCUUUGGAUGUGUUUUGUGACAUGGAGACUGAUGGAGGCGGCUGGCUGGUGUUCCAGCGACGCAUGGACGGACAGACGGACUUCUGGAGAGACUGGGAGGAGUAUGCCCAUGGUUUUGGGAACAUCUCCAGGGAGUUCUGGCUGGGCAAUGAGGUCCUACACAGUCUGACGCAGGCUGGAGACUACUCGAUGCGCGUGGACCUGAGGGCUGGAGAUGAAGCUGUGUUCGCCCAGUAUGACUUUUUCCGGGUAGACUCAGCAGUGGAGAACUACCGUCUACACCUGGAGGGCUACCAUGGCACCGCAGGCGACUCAAUGAGCUACCACAGCGGCAGUGUCUUCUCUGCCCGUGAUCGAGACCCCAACAACCUGCUCAUCUCCUGUGCCGUCUCCUAUCGUGGGGCUUGGUGGUACAGGAACUGUCACUAUGCCAACCUCAACGGGCUCUAUGGAAGCACCGUGGACCACCAGGGAGUGAGCUGGUACCACUGGAAGGGCUUCGAGUUCUCGGUGCCCUUCACGGAAAUGAAGCUGAGACCCAGAAACUUCCAGGCCCCCACCAGGGGCAGCUGAGCCUGCCGCCCACCUUGCUCACAUCUAGUGUGACUGCCCAGCACUGAGGGGUCGUGCCCAGAGAAGAGCCAGUGUGCCUCUACUGCCUAGCUCACCAAGGAAGCCUUCUCUACCACGAUCUCACAGCACCAUGUUUACAGGGGGGAGGGGAGGGGUCAGCAACGGAGCAAUAAAGGAGAAACUGAGGCACAAGG